AUGGACCUCCACAGGGCAGCCUUCAAAAUGGAGAGCUCCUCCUACCUCCCCAACCCCCUGGCCUCCCCAGCCCUGAUGGUCCUGGCCUCCACCGCCGAGGCGUCUCGCGAUGCCUCCAUUCCCUGCCAGCAGCCGCGCCCGUUUGGCGUCCCAGUUUCUGUUGAGAAAGACGUCCACUUGCCAUUUAACAAUGGUUCGUACACUUUUGCAUCAAUGUACCACCGCCAAGGCGCAGUCCCGCCUGGAUUCCCCAACAGGGACUUCCCUCCGUCCCUCCUCCACCUCCAUCAUCAGUUUGCCCCACCUAACCUGGACUGCUCGCCAAUCAGCAUGCUGAAUCACAGCGGCGUUGGUGCCUUCAGGCCUUUCGCCUCGCCUCCGGAAGAUCGGGACGGGGCACCAGGUGGGUAUCAGUCUGCUUUCACCCCAGCCAAGCGCCUCAAAGGCUGCCUGGAUGCAGAGGCUUCUCCCCACCUGCGGUACUCUGAUGCAGAGGGGAAAGAGUAUGACUUUGGAGGUUCUCAGAUCCCACCCGGAGGCUCACCCAGCAGCGCCCUGAAAGCCGUGGAGGACAGCGGGAAAAAGAUCUUUGCCGUGUCGGGCCUCCUGUCUGAUCGAGAGACUUCCUCCAGCCCUGAGGACCGCAUUGAGCGCUGUAAAAAGAAGAUGUCCCUGUACGACAGCCAGGCUCCAGUCUGUCCCAUCUGCCAGGUGCUGCUCAGGCCCGGAGAGCUACAGGAACACAUGGAGACAGAGAUAGAGAGGCUAGCUAGCAUAUGCCUCAGUAAGAACCCUUCACCCAAGGAUGGAGUGACCACUCCAGGAACCCCUAAGUCGAUGCUGUUGUCGGUGCACAUCAAGCGUGAGGGAGAGUCUCCCGUGGUCUCGCCUCUGUCCUCUGAAGACGCCCACCACUCCGACAGAUACCAGACAUUUUUACGAGUUCGGGCAAACAGGCAAACAAGAUUGAAUGCCCGUAUAGGGAAGAUGAAGAGGAGGAAGCCUGAGGAGGGGGGCCAGGUAUGUCCGCUGUGCAGCGCCCCAUUGGCUGGGAGCGAGGAGGAGAUGAGUAGACAUGUGGAACAAUGCCUGAUCCAGCGCGAGGGUGCGUUAGACGAUGACUCCGCAGACAUGGACGGAGAGAACGGGCGGGGCUUUGAGGAGUACGAGUGGGCGGGGCAGAAGAGGAUCAGAGCUACAGCUUUGCUGGAGGGAGGCUUCAGAGGAACAGGUUUUGCCACGUGUAAUAUCAAGGAAAGCGCGGCGGACAGCGACGCCGACCUCGACGUGGACGGAGACGACACCUUGGAGUACGGCAAAGCUCAGUACACCGAGGCCGAUGUCAUCCCCUGCUCUGGAGCCGGAGAGGACCAAGGAGAGGCCAGAGAGAGGGAGGCGCUACGGGGAGCCGUGCUCAACGGUGGGAUGCCUUCUAACAGAAUAACGCCUGAGUUCUCCAAAUGGGCCAGUGAUGAGAUGCCUUCAACAAGCAACGGGGAGAGCAGCAAGACAGACCCCAGCACUCCUUCAUCCUCCUCCUCCUCCUCCUCCUGCGCCCCGCGCACCUGUAAAAACAGCGAGAUCGAAAAGGUAACGGAGGAGGAGUCCACAGCCACCACCAUGGAGGCUCUGAAGGCUCGAAUCAGAGAGCUGGAGAAGCAGAUACUGAGAGGAGACCGAUACAAGUGUCUCAUCUGCAUGGACUCCUACACGAUGCCACUCACCUCCAUCCAGUGCUGGCAUGUCCAUUGUGAAGAAUGCUGGCUCAGGACUCUGGGGAACAAGAAGCUGUGUCCACAGUGCAACACCAUCACCUCACCCGGAGACCUGAGGCGUGUCUACUUGUAAAGAGCACACACACACACACACACCCCAACCGCCUCUUCGUCCUUCCAAUCCAUUCCUCCCUCCAUCUUGGAUUUCAUCGACCCUCCCCGUCGAUCACCGUUCGUUUCCUCUCUCUCUCUCCCUCUCUCUCUCUCGUGGCCUGGAUCAGAGCUCAGAAAGCCUCCGGGAGCGUCCAGAGACGAGGCGGCCGUCUCUGGGACUCCGCUGAAACUUUGAGGAAACUGAUUUGACUGAACGACUGAGCAGCGCUCACUGACUCUCUGGCUGCCUGGCCACCCAUGAAAAAAAAUGAAAAUACAGAGACCUGCAAUCUCAGCGGCCAACGGGCUCGUUUCCUCUGCCUCACCGACAUGACGCCGGGUAUCGCCCACUGACGGACUUUUAAGUCAGUGGAGGCGCCCAGCUCGGCCCUACUGAGACAUGGUGGCUUCACGCCGCUGCAGCUGGACCUGAAAGGAACUUAAUACAGAAUAUAAAGACUUCUUCUUUUUUUUUUUCCCUCUCGCUCUUCUUCGACAUCUCAGCGGUGCUGGACAAUGGACUCUACCCUGAAGACUUGACAGAAAGCUUCUUUUUGUUUCCUCUUCUCUAAUUCCAGAGAGAAACUCUUACCUUCACGCCACUGUUGCUUAAGAGAAUUAAAAAAGGGCCACUAAAAACUGAGCUUUCAACCAAACUGAGAAUAACCUCACAACCUUGAAAAGGAGUUAGACACUCUCUCCUCUUCCACCUCUUCUCCCUCUACUUCUUCUUCUUCUCCAAGCGGGCCCUUCCCUCCCCUCUUCCCUCUUUUGUGGUGUUCUAGUGAAGUAAACCAAAAUUUCUCCCCCCCUCCAAGAUGCAGUGCAAGCACAUGUAAAAUAGUUCUAUGUAUGUUUACAAUGUUGGAUGUAAAUGACAUAGAGUUCACUCACAUACACACACAUGCACACACACACACACACACACACACAAACAGAUGCAAACACAGGCACAUGUUACCAUCAGACACACACAGAAUAUAUAAUAUCAAAGUCCUGUUUUUAGUUGGAAGGGUUUGGGAAUGA